GGUGCAGCCUUGGGACAGUGGAGCGGGGAGUGCAAAUCUCUACACUGGCAUUGGCGAGUAGGAUGCAUUAACGGGGGAGUCCAAGCCUUGGUGUUGUGGGGUCAGUGCCCAGCUUUGCCAUACAGGGAGCUCAAUACACUAUCAGUUUUGCAGACGUCUCUCUUUGGGGCUAUGUGGCAAGCUGAUGCUGCCAAUCAGAGAGAGAGGAAGGUGGAGAGGAUGCACCAAAAGAGCAGGUACCAGGGCAUGAUGAGCCGUUUUCUGAAUGUGUUGCGCAGCUGGCUGGUCAUGGUAUCCAUCAUUGCGAUGGGGAAUACACUGCAGAGCUUUCGUGAUCACAGCUUCCUCUCCGAGAAGCUGUACACGGGCACACCCAGCCUUGUGAAUGGUCUCCAAGCUCGGACCUUUGGCAUCUGGACUCUGCUCUCAUCAGUGAUUCGCUGCUGCUGUGCCAUUGACAUCCGCAACAAGACCCUCUAUCACAUCACACUCUUGACCUUCCUCAUAGCCCUGGGCCACUUCCUCUCUGAAGUGUUUGUGUACGGCACAGCAGCCCCGACGAUUGGUGUCCUGGCACCCCUGAUGGUGGCAAGUUUCUCCAUCCUGGGCAUGUUGAUUGGGCUGCAGUACCUGGACGUGGAAGCAGUGUCACGAAACAAGAAGAAAAACUGAAGCCAAGGGUCCCACUGACUUCAGCAAGUGUCCAGGCUCUUUAUUGAACAGAGGCACCUGGAGGCCUGCAGAAGCAGAUGGACAUGAGGAGGUGCCAGCCUAACUGCUGCUUCUAGAGGCUACAGCUACUGCGAAGGAGAGGAAACAGGAACUGCUUCCACCGAGCCAGGGGCCUGGAGCUGCCAGCCACCAGCAAGAUAGGAUGCCCAAAGAAAUAUAUUGAGGGGAGCAGGGGAACCAAAGGACUAGGUGGCUGGGAAACGUGCAGCUAGGGAAAGGGGCAGAGGAACAAAACAGAUGGGAGGGGAGAUAAAAUGGAGAGCAAAGGCAGCGAGCAUGAUUAACUUUUUCAGGACACUUCAAAAUACCUAUCACUGUUUUCCUAAUCUUUGUCAUGUGACUGACUGUGGAAAUUGCUAGGUGGCUCUCACCCAAUGGGAGGAGGGGGGCGGCAUUGAUAAUAAAAGGGAGGCAAACUACAUGAUUGCAGCUGGGAAGAGAGAUGAGGUCAGUGCUCAUGAGUGGAAGAGCAGGCAACAGCAACUGGUGGGGUUGAUGGUGAGUGGGAGGGAAAGUAUCCACAAGAUACUCAGGUGAUGUGAUUCCGAAUUAUGAAAAAAAGUUUGGGAUGCCCUGUGCUAAAGCAACCUGAGCCUGCCUCCCAAAGCUAGUUGAGUAAGAGGAGGGGAAGCAGGAGCACAGCUCCUCCUGUCUGUACCAGCAGAGGGCUCCCACAAAAUGUGUAUUAUUUUUAUAGCACCAACCUUGUGCUUGUGUAAAGUGCUUUCCAGCCAAGGAAGAGGAUAGGGUUCCUGGCCAAAGGAGCUCACAGUCUAACUCAGUAGUGUUGUCACGGUAGCCCUGAAGGCUGGUGUCAACUAUAAGGUGGGCUAGACCCCGGUGCACUUUGUACACAUGCCCCAGCACCAGGCCCUGGCCUCAAACGAUGUGACUGACAGUUGGGCUCUGGCCAGGGCACAUAUUGGUGCUUCCCCAGUCCUCUUACAAAUUUUUACUCUAAAAAAUUUCAAAAACCAUCAGGGAAGUUUGAUUAAAAUAGAAAAUCACAUAAGUCCACAGACUAAAAAUCUGCUGGGCUAGGAGGUCCCUGUACAAAAAUGGGAACACCACAGUUGUCACAUGCUUUGCAGAGCCUGGGGAAGCGUGAGGGCCUGAGCCAUCCCCCCACGCUAUGGCCAGGUGAACCUGCUCCAGUCACUAUGAAUACAGGGCAGACCCAUCACUUCCAGAGCAAGGGUCACAACUCAGAGCAGGGCUGGACACAAAGCCAGUGCUAUCUAGUUCUCUCUCCACCAAGAGGUUCCUUCAGAGGAUGCACUUGGCUACCCACCGUACAGCUUCUCUGGAAGGGGAGAGGGCCACCGUGGAAUGCCACCAUGGGCUCCAAAUACUGAGUACUGUGUUGGACUCACAGCCCCUGCUCCUCUGAGCCCCAAGCAAACAGAUUCGGGGCUCGGGGCUCCACUGAAGCUUUCCUGCUGAGCAAUAGGUUCUCCCACAGCAGGACACAGAGGGGAAAGCAGACUGAUGAGAGAAACCCUGGCUGAUCUGUUCCUUCCGAUGGCUCCAUGAGCAGCUUUCUGGACUCCGGCCCUGAUGCUGCCCCCAAUGCCAUGCUGUGCGGGAACCAGAAGGAUACUGCAAGUGACAAAGAUGGGAAGGGGGGGUUGGUAGGCAGUGUCUCCCAGCUCUGCCACCCCUUCACAACUUUGAUUCAUCAAGGACCACAGGAGCAAUGUUGUCCCCAGGCACCUCUUCCAGCGCUUUCUGCAAAAUCAGAGAAAAGGGGUAUGGUUAGAGCACCAGGUGGCUAGGGCUGGGUUUCAGUACAGGCCUUGGAGCCCAAAGGCUGGGAUACUCCUGAGAUCCUCAACAAAUCAUGCAUGAGGGUCAGACAUCUGCAGAGGAAAGGAGAGGCCCCAAGGAACAAUAGCUAAGACCAUCCUCUUUAGAGCUCAGCUAAGAUUGCACCAGCUCCCUCAUCCCAGACAGCUCCACUGCUCAGGUGAGGGGUGUUGGAACAGGCAGAGCAGGGGCCCCUUUCCUCUUGAGCAGCCCCCUGGGCUAUUGUAAAUACAUAGUCAUGGCAGCUCUGUGGACCUGGGUCUUGCCCCACAAAGCCAGCUCAGAGAAAAGACUCCACCUCCACUGCAAAUGGAGCUUCCAAGUGGGGAAGUGCAGUGCAGCGCAGCACUUGGGGGGAAGGGAGGCAAAAUGCACCCUGUGGUGGGGGAGAAGCGGCAUAUGGUGCAUCCUGGUGUAUUUAAACAGGACAGGAACUUCAGCCCUGGUGCCCUGGUCUCCCCCUGCCCAACUCAAAGCUGAGUGCUCACAUUGCUUGCCCUCUCCCCACCCUACCCCCAUUCAGGCCUCAGGGCUAGCACCUCCAGCCCGUCUCAGCGCUUAAAUACUAUGUUGAUUCAUCAGAAGAAAGAAAACAACUAUAUUAAGCCUUUUAGAAGAAAAAUUUAGGCUGAUUAAUUAGAAAAGCUCCCUGGCCAUGAGAUGGAAGGGGUGCUGGGGACAAACCACCCAAUAAAUAGAGCUUUAUAAAUUUAGGAAUGGGAUUGUAUGACAGGGUUGCAAUAGCAGGGGACUGGAUUUGACCCAGGAGGUCCUUUCCAGUCUUACGUUCCUAUUUCCCUAGGGAACGACUGGGAGAGCCAGAACUCAGCCCUUAUAAGACAACCCCACACAGGCCUAAAGGAAAAUCCUGCCCCCCCAGCAGCAGUGUCUUCCUAUGCCACCCUGACUUUUCAGGGUUGUUGUAACAGAAGGGUACGCACCUCUCCUUACUGCUGUGGCCCUUGCUGCUGCCUGUGCUCCUGGUGUCAGCCCUUCAGUUACAACGAGAUAACUUAACUGCCAUUGUCACAUAAGGCAACUCACUGAAUUUGACUGGCUGGGAGUGGUGUCUUUAAUGGGCCUGUGCUCCGGACAGAGAACAGAACCCAAGAGAAGGGGCACUGUUCAACAGACUGGCAUUCAGCACUAUGCACAGUCCCUGGAACAAAGCUUCCUGCCAUAGAGCUUACCCUGCUUCAGAGGAGGUACUCCUAACCUAGGCCUGGCUUGCAGGGUAAAGUGCUGCAUGGAGCCACUGCUGCGUCGUCUUACCCAAGUACACCAAACACUUCAACAUCCCACAAGCGCUGGACAGGACUUUAGCCUGGAGAACCCUCCUGGGCCUGUCUGAAAGGAUGUCUCUUCUUUCAUUGUUUGUCUGGAGUGCUCAGGGGAAGAGAGACAGGCAGGUAUUGUAGGCUGCUGCCCUUUAGAGAGGCAUAUGGGUCUGGGCCCUCCCUUCUCUCCCCAAAUAGGUGUGUCUGCUAGGCCAGCAUAUUAGACCUAGAGGCAAAAGUGGAACCCAGCUCCUCCCCAUUCAGAAGUCAGAAAGGCAGCUGCUCCAUAAGCCCUUUACCACAGCCCUGCCAGUAAGAGAUCCCAGGAUUUCCUUCUAGGCACCUCCCUCUGCACUAUUUAAGGCAGGCUCUAUAGGGCUCCCUGAAGCAGAAACAAACCAAAGAGACCUUGGUGGCCUCAGGACACAGCAGGUACAGGCAGAGUGUGGUAGCGCUAAGCAGUUAUCUUCCUGUGGCGUGAGACAAGUCCAAGCCAGGAGCCAUGGUCAGAAACACACAGGAAAGAGGUUCGCAUCUCCCCACAGUUCAAGAGAAAACCAGGCAGCUUAGAAGCAAGAGAUACAAACAUAGCUUUAUUUUGUGUAGUAUCUUUCAUACAAACUGCAGCCCAGAAGCUUUUACAGUGUUAAAUAAUAGCUCAAGGGGAGGAGACAGAUCAGGAGAGCUUCAGCAAGUCAGAGGGAUGGAAGGAUGCUUUUCCAGACAGCAGAAACUGCAGAGGGGAAGGCUCUCUCACCAGCAGUGGGAAGAGUGUUGGCAGGGAGAGAAGAGGCCAAAAUCAGAUAUGCUGGGAGGGCAGCAGAGUCGAGCUCUGGGAGCUUGGUCAGGGAGGCCAUUGGUGAUUUUGAACUGUGGCUUUAAAUGAACACGGAGCCAGUAGAGUCUGAAACCAAACCCAUCACAGCUUCAUCCCCACUUACCUUUCACCUCUUCUUGAGCUAUAGGAACAAAGGGUUAGUAAACCUGCAAACACACACAUGGCUACACAAUCUUGGGAAAGGGAAAAGGCAACGCACACAAGCAGGCACAUGCAGUGGGGAUAGAUGGAGACACCGCCACUGGGAAUGAGGUGUGGAAACUGCCUGCGCAGAGAUUUGGGGCAGGGGAUGCUGGCUACUUGCCACAUUGCUAACAUGAAAGGUCAGCAGAGCAAAGAGGCAUGUGAUCUCCAGGGAGUGGCAAGAGGGAGAGAACGUGCUUGGGAAUAUUCUUCCCAUGCCCUGUCCUUGCCCAGUAAAAUUCAAGGAGUUUUGCUAGCUGCAAUAUUUCACUAGAACUAGAUAGUUAGCUGAAGUUGUGAGGCCCUGGUGAGCCAGGGAGAUGAUGGAAUCCAAGCUUUCCACUAAGCAAGUAUCUCAACCCUGAGUCAGGGCACCUCACCAGAGCUAAGAGGAUUUUGGCUAGACAUCAGCACACUGUCAGAAAUACCACCACACCCAGACACAUGCACGCACAAUAAAACACAAAGUUGUCACCGACAAGCAGCCAAAACAAGGUUCUAUCAUGCAGUGUAAAUGGGACCUUAACAGGGUUCCAGUGCCACUGAGGACACAGUGAAGGUGUCAUCUCACUGCAAGAUAGAACCAUGCUUCAACCAAGCCUGCCAAAUAGCUACAUCAGGAAAGCAGGACCUUUAAACACCCUAACUCAGAAAAUACAGUUGUUUCCUCACAGCAAUGCCGACUCACGCUGUAUUACACGUGUAGCAUUUUCAAGUACAACAGGACCAUGUUCCAUGGGGGGGAAAAAAACUAGCAUUACGGUUGAGAAAGAAUUGUGGCUGAAAGCUGAAGCAUCCUUGUGCUCAUAUUUAAAAAUAUGGUCUAUUGAUAUCAGCUAUUUGUCAUCCAAUAGAAAAAGUUGGAAUUUUUUACAAAACCUGCUGUAGAGUACAUUUCAAUGCACUCCACGUAGUCUUUAGAUUUGGCAUGAAUUGUAAGUUUCAAGGAGAUCUACAAAACAAGCCAAGUUUGAACAAAAUCAGUUCUACUAUUUUGGAAUCAUUCAUGUUCAAAAUUCUAGGCAGGCAUUUUUGUUUGAUGAAAAAAAUUCUUAACAUACUUCUGAACAGAUGUUGCUUAAAAUCUUUGUUGAAAAUUUCAUUGCUGAGCCGAGACCCAGCAUGGAAAAUUUUACCCAUAAAAGGCAUUUGUUUCAGAAAGCAACACAUCAAAGUGCAAGCAAACUAUAAAAGAAAGGUUAGAAUGGAUGCUGUAAGCCAGCCUCAGUUAUACACUGUGGUGCGACCUGCACCCACUAUAAUACAGCAUGGUAAUAUGAGCUAGUUGACACUGCUAUGGGACGCUAACACAAGAUGAUUGUGAUGGCUUCAGAUACCAUGUACUUGUAAUGAAAGCAAGUCACAAAUAGAGAUCCCUGGACAUCUGCACAUAGCAUUUAAAGAGAAGGGGACAUUUGGUCCAAAUGUCUCAAGAGCAGUGGAACACAGAAAACUAAACAAACUGCUAACUUCAGAUGUGAAUUGAUGCUGGAUGGGAUAGCAGUGAAAGGACUAACAGUACUGGCAUAGUUAUACUGGAGGGUGAAGCAUUCACACUGUCAUUAAGUCAAUUUAACUCCCACUGAAAAAGAGCUUCCAGUUGCAAAGCCAUUCCAUGUAAGUGGCGAGGUGCAUUAAUAGAAGAUGAUUUGUGUGUGGUCACAAGGCAGUUCUUGCUGGAAUAAGUAAAGACACACUGUACAGCUCUUGAAUAGACCACUGUUAGGAGUGUGGUUCGGCUCUGAAAAGCAACUAAGUACAGAUGGCCCCUUCUCACCCCACAGAGCCUCUCCUCUGUGGGUAGCAGAGUCAGAGCUGAUUAUUUCAACUGCAGAAAACACCACACACACACACAUGCACAUGCAUGUUCAGCUUUAUGUUCCUAUGACCCCUGCAGAGCCAAGACAGCUAUCUCAGAGGAGCUGGCUUCUAGUCCUUUCACCAAUUGAACCCUUUACUCCAUUGAAAUUAAUCAAUCAAUUUCCUUCCAUGAAAAGGAGCCAUCUGGCCUUUGCUUUAGGUACUCACUGGCACAUUUUAAAAAUAGACCCCUCUUUGCCCCACAAUUAACAUACAACCACUCCAUUUCCCAUCAGAGUACUCCCAGUGCCUCCCAGAGAGGAAAAACAAAAAAAGCUCUGCUGGGUCAAUAAAUAAGGUCUAUCCUAAACGUGGAGGAGUGAGCCCCAAAGGUGAGGGACCCUCACCAAAACCACUCUGCCAGCUUCCCACUCUCUCACAGAGGAGGCCAAUCUGCUACCCCUGUGCAAACCCAUAGGUCACAGUGGGGUUACACAGGGAUCGCAGUAUUGGGCCUGCAGCACCUUUCUUUAGGGAUGUCAUGUGAGAAAGAAAGAGCCCAAAUGCAGUUUGCUGAACUGGCAGUUAGAAAAAAACAUUUUAGUUGCAAAGUGAGCACAUUUGGUACGGCCCUGACAAAGACAUGACAACCAUGAACCCUCCACCAGGCCACCUGGCAGAGUGGAGCCACAGUUUAACUUAUGCAUUUCCUGACACGCACAUUCGUAAGUGUGGUUGUAAUGUGAGGCCAAUACAGAAGUUCACAAUUUAACCAUUAGUAAUUGUUGCUUGCUCCAAUUCUGUAGCCCAUUUGAAGUAACCAGGUUCUUAAGCAUCAUGCCCCCAACCUCCCUCCCCCAUGCCAUUCCUUCACCCUCUUCUAGUCUAGGCUGCCAAGCUGCAGAUACAAGGCUGCAAGCCCUCUACGCCCAAAUUCAAUUUAAAAUCCCAGUCACAGACCCUACUGCAAACUUCCCAAAUACAUGAGAUCAAGGCUUCAAAUGAAAAUAGCCCCAUGAGGGGUUUGUACACCCACAUCCAGCCUCUUUUUUGGAACUGUCCCAGAAGACAGACCCCACCACCAGGCAGGAGAACCACGCUUUGUACUGCUCUGGGCAUCAGAGCUUUAGGAACACUGGCGCUUCCCACCUUGCAACAGGAUUUUCUUGGACUUGUCCCUGUGCAGCAGAGGUUCAGAGCAAUGUGUAAGUGCAGAGUGCCCAGUGCUGCAUAGGACAGGGAAUAUGUGGGGAAUCCCUAUCCUGCAUUGAUCCUAUUGGGAUCCAGGAAGUGGGCGGGCAGAGCCUGCCAACUACUAAAGGACCUCCCCCCAGCCUAUGGGGAGUAUCCACAGGUCCAGGAUUCCAAGUGAGUACGGGGGACAACUAAAGAUAAAACAGGGACAGGAGUGAGGUCAGAGGGCUAAACAAAGGGAACCUGACAGGGACACCGAGCAGAAAACCUUGGACAGCGCCCACUGCUCCUUGAAGGUGUCAAGGGAGCCAGCGGACACCGCCCAGAGGAACUCCGCCUGGAUGCAUGAGCGGACAGAGGAUCAGAAAUAGGCCCCACCGUCACAGGAGACCCCGUUGGCCAACCUCCUCUCCCUGGUCUUGUAGAUGGCCAUUUUGGCCAGGGCUAGAAGGAGACUGACAAGGAGGUCCCGUGACUUCGUGGGGCCACGGAUAGGGAGUGUGUAGAUAAGAAGGUGAGAUACUGCUGCACAGUUGCAAGGUUACUGCUACCUAGUGUCAGGAAUGAGGCCUACGAUGGGAGUGCGCAGCUCAGCACUUCAUUAGCACGAAGAGGACCGUACUUAACCCAGAUCUCCUGAGACGCACCAAUGUUUUGCCCCACCCCUUUUCUAUCCUGUGCUCUUGCAGGGAAGGGACGAGGCAUGCAGGGGACUUGAGUCUCACAAGCACUCAGGCUGAAAUAGGGUGACCAGAUAGCAAGGGUGAAAAAUCGGGACAAAGGGUGGGGGUAAUAGGCACCUAUAUAAGACAAAGCCCCAAAUAUUGGGACUUUCCCUGUAAAAUUGGGACAUCCGGUCACCCACAGCUCACGGCUUACACUCACCUGCACCCACCUCUGGUCUCUGCCUACACCUGCACUGGAGCACAACAACCUAAUGCUCCCAGCUGCACACCAUGCAACAACUCAAUGUUGCCAAUAUACUAUAUUCUCAAUACUAUAUUGUAUAUUCUAUACAAUAUUCUCAGUGGUAGCUGAUGACAGAACAAGGAGUAAUGGUCUCAAGUUGCAGUGGGGGAGGUUUAGGUUGGAUAUUAGGAAAAACUUUUUCACUAGGAGGGUGGUGAAACAGUGGAAUGCGUUACCUAGGGAGGUGGUGGAAUCUCCUUCCUUAGAAAUUUUUAAGGUCAGGCUUGACAAAGCCCUGGCUGGGAUGAUUUAGUUGGGGAUUGGUCCUGCUUUGAGCAGCGGGUUGGAUUAGAUGACCUCCUGAGAUCCCUUCCAACCCUGAUAGUCUAUAAUUCUAUACUAUCUCAGGCCUGAACAUGGUCCUUGCCAGCUCGGCUUGUUUGCUGCACACCACUGAGCAAAUACAUGCACAAAACACCUUCAAACAUCAUGAGCAAGACAGAUAAUGUUUUGGGGAGGGCAGCCAGGCACAGCAGAGGGUUCAAACAGCAAGAGAGCAGCAAAGCAUUAAACAUCCCUAGGCAGCAGCUGAGAAGCCACUUCUAGCAAAGGGCUGGAA